AUGGUAUAUUAUAUCCGAUUUCUGAAGACACCUCGGUUUCAGCAGCAGAAAAAGUCCGUCUUCAUCUCCGCCCUGAUCUGCAUCGCUACGGACUUGGGUGAUGAUUUCCUCGCCGAGGAUGUGGACUUGACGGCGAGCUGGGUACAACAUCCCUCACCCAAGAUCCGAUAUCAGACAGCUCUACAAUGGCAGGCUGGUUCCCGCCAAAUACCUAUCUUGCUGGGUCCCUUUUCGCCUAGUGAUGUGGCCGGGCAAACGGCUGUGCUAAAAAUUCAUCUCCCCGAUGUUGAGAAAGAUAUUUUGGGAGAACACACGACACCAUUGGUGAUAUCGGGGUGCAGUGCACCCUUUGGACCACAAUGGGAACCAGCCGAGCAAUUUAUCUGCCGGGAUCUGAACAUCGCAGACAAUGUGCGACCCUUGAAAAUUUGGGAAGAAACGGGCAACAGUAUUGCCCGGCAUAUCUGGGAUGCAGCUCUCGCAGCCAUCAUCUUCCUUGAGCAAGUCAUUAUGGGAGCGGAAAAGAGCAUGCCUGCCCUUGGCCAGCUCUUGAACUCUGGCAAGUCGAGCCUUCAAGUCGUCGAGCUCGGCGCGGGCUGUGGUAUCGUAGGCAUCGCCCUCGCAACCAUGCUCGCCAACUGCGAAGUGCUCCUCACCGAUCUGCCCGAGGUCUCGGAGAUCGUGACUCGUAACAUCAACGAAGCCUCGCCAAAAUCGUCGGCGUCGAUCAAGUUCCAGACCCUCGACUGGGAUGAACCGACUCCCAAUCUUACCCGCGGGCCCAUUGAUUUGAUUCUCGUGUCGGACUGUACGUAUAAUGCAGACAGUUUGCCUGCGUUAGUCUCCGUCCUCGAUCGCUUGGUUCGCGGUUCGCCAGGCGCCAUGGUGCUGGUGGCCUUGAAACGGCGGCACGAGAGCGAGGCCGUCUUUUUCGAUCUGAUGCGGGGUGCAGGGUUUACAUCCCUGCAGACGAAGGUACCAUUACCGGCACAGUGGGGGCAGGUUGAUCAGAUUGAGAUGUAUUGCUAUCAGCAAGAGUACAGACUAGAAAAGGCCUAG